AUGCUUGCCGAAACAGAUCUCGAUAAACUCGGGAGGCAGCUUGCUGACUUCAAUCUCGCAACAAAGGCACGCCAGGAUGCGCUCGACGAACUGACUCUCACCUACGGCAAACUGCUCGAGGACUACCGCACUCUGCGCAGUGACUACGAAGAGGAAAAGGAAUCUCGCGAAAAGUACAAGAAGCUUGCUCGUGGUCAAGACAGAAACCCCUUUGUCCUUGUUCUGAUCGAUGCCGAUGGUUACGUGGAAGCAGNNUUCGAAGAUUCUCUAAUCAAAGGUGGUGCGGAAGGCGGUAUCAGAGCGGCCAAUCUUCUUCACGAUACUAUUCGAGACAGACUUGCACGACGUGGCCAUGAGUACGACAAUUGCAAAGUCAUGGUCCGCGCUUACACCAAUUUUGCUGGGUUAUCCAAAACACUGGCGCGUGCAGGCCUUGUCGGACAUGAGGCACGCUCUCUUAGCCCCUUCUGUUCGAACUUCACACGCGCACAUGAUCUCUUCGAUUUCGUCGACGCAGGCGAUAAGAAGGAGAAUGCGGACAAUAAGAUCCGUGAGAUGUUCCGCCUCUUCGCGGAGAACAACCAAUGUAAACACAUCUUCUUUGCCGGAUGCCAUGAUACUGGUUAUCUGAACCUGCUGACCCCUUACGUUAAUUACCAUGGAAAGAACGAGAAGAUCACCCUUGCCCGUGGUUCAUCGUUUAGUCCUGAAUUCGACCGUCUUGGACUUGAUAUUGAUGGCCUCAACGGUCUAUUCCACAACAACCCUCUGGAUGGUCUCGAUGCUCGACGACCCAUUUCCAAGGCUCCAGUAGCACAUGCGCAACCUACUGCUGUGCCGAACGGGCACUCUGGAGCGGCCCCUAACAACACACCGAUCUGUACCCACUAUCUCCGAGGCAUCUGCAAGUUCGGAAGUGGCUGCAAGAAGUCUCAUAGCAGUGGUAGAGACUCGUGGCGCUCGAAUGAAUACAGCUCUGGCAAUGAGCCUGGGCAAAGAAGUUCUACACAAACGUCAUUCUUCCCACCAUCUUCAGAAUUUGGAACCCCAACACCAAGCAACGCAGACAUCGCUUCCCNNCCUGAAUCUGGCAUUGCUCUACCACAUAGGUUUACUACUGGCCAGGCUUUCCCUCCGCCCUUGCCUGCCACACCUCGUGCGCACCCUUCCAGCUGCCUGCCGAAGCAAACACCAGAGAAUGCCAAUCUUAUCCCUGUCAACAGCACCGGACACAGACUGGACUUCUUACUACCAACACCUUCCAGCGAAGACUGGAGAGCCUACAACGCUCGAAUUGCACCCCCUAACAAAAAACUUUGCAAUGAGUAUCAACUUAAAGGAUACUGCGCAAAAGGCGACGCCAACUGUGUCUGGGAUCACAGCCCUGUCCCAGAUAAUAUCAAGCUUGUUCUCAAACACUUUGUUCAUAGCUAUCCGUGUGACCGGAAAGGAAACUGUCGACUGAAGAAUUGCAACAUGGGACAUAUCUGUUUCCGCGAAAAGUGCGACACGACGAGAAAGUACGGAACAUGCAGGCUUAAUCACACCAUGCAUGACAUCGAUCCCGUCGUCGCCGAUUGGGUGCCAGCUGAGUCGAAUAUCGAGGUUUAUAACCCCGACUCUUUUGGUAUGACCUCUGGUGAAAACAGCCACAGCGAGAGAGAUACUCCGUCGCUUGCGGCCAAUGAAGCACCUCAAAAUGAGAACGAUAUCAAUCUGAACUCGUAUCCAGAGCCUCAUCCAGAUGAUUUGGAUUAG